CGAAUUUGAUUCGAAUCAAGAACAACGUCUUAUGCCAAGGAGACUUUCUUUUUGCUCGAAUCUCCCCUUUCUUUCGAUAUUUAAAGGCUCAGCUCACUCUGUCCUAGUCAGUGUUGAGCCCGAGAUCAAUUGGCAACGGGUAUCUCGGAAAAGUUUUUCUUUUUUUAAUUUAGAUCACAGUGUCUCUUAUUUAUUCGAUCAAUUAUCUACAUUAUUCACCGAGCUUUCGAACGUAAACAAUCGAUACCGUUUGUCGUCCUCGUCCACCAUAGUCCCGGAGCGCAACAAUGCGAUUUUUGAUCGUGUUGCCACUUUUAGUGGCUACAGUUUAUACAGCACCACAAUAUCGUCAGCAACAAGCUUCGAUCACCAGGGAACAAUGGGCCACUUUGAACCCGUACGGAUCUCCAAAGGGUUACCCUGCUGAAGAAUAUUCAACAAUUGAAGAGUUGGAAAGACAGUGGGCACGUUUUUAUGACUACCUUCCCUGGCUCAAAGGACCUGCUGGACCUGUUGGACCAGAGGGACCUGCAGGUCCUCCUGGAACUGUAUCAUAUGAAUCCAGCGAUUAUGCUCAACCAAAGGCCAUUCCUGGCCCUCCUGGAGCACCUGGCGCGCCAGGACCAGCUGGAGAAAAAGGAGACACUGGAGCUCCUGGAGCUCCGGGUUACACUGGUGCACCUGGACCACAAGGUCCAGCUGGAAAACCUGGAUCACCUGGCUAUCCCGGAGAGAAGGGAGCACCAGGAUACAAUGGAGCUGCCGGAGCUCCUGGUAAAUCAGGAGCUAAAGGCGAAAGAGGAGACUCUGGUUACAAUGGCGCAGAUGGACUUCCCGGUGCUCCAGGAGCCCCUGGAAAAGAUGGUUAUCCCGGAGGUCCUGGCCCCGCUGGUCCCAAAGGUGAAGCUGGCCCACCAGGCUACGCACUUCCAUCCAAAAUCCCUGGUCCUCCCGGCCCACCAGGUCUCCCUGGCAAAGAUGGAGCUACAGGCUAUCCUGGUGGUCCUGGACCCGCAGGCCCAGUUGGACCUGUUGGUUAUGGGGGACCUGCUGGCAAACCUGGCGCAAAUGGUUCUCCUGGUGCUCCUGGCCCUAAAGGCGAAGCCGGAGCUAAUGGCGCUCCCGGUGCCCCCGGCAAAGAUGGAUAUCCCGGAGCGGAUAGCAAAGUACCCGGACCUCCUGGAACUCAAGGACCUGCUGGCCCCCCUGGUUACAAUGGUGCUCCAGGCAAAGAUGGUCUACCUGGCGCUCCUGGUGCCCCUGGUAAAGACGGAUAUCCCGGCACUCCUUCAUACACAGCCGGCCCACCAGGAGAACAAGGAAGACCAGGCAAAGACGGACUCCCAGGCCCUGCUGGAACUCCUGGUUACCCAGGCGGCCCAGGCCCCGCCGGACCGGAAGGUAAACGUGGCGCUCCUGGAUACACUGGUGCCCCUGGACCAGCUGGUCCUGUAGGCCCUGUCGGCCCUGUCGGACCCCAAGGUAAAGUAGGAGCUCCAGGUUACCCUGGUGGUCAAGGACCAGCUGGACCCGUUGGACCAGUUGGACCACAAGGUAAACCCGGUGCUCCUGGCUACCAGGGACCUCAAGGACCUCAAGGACCCGUUGGUGCUCCUGGAAAGAGUUACGACGCCCCCGUUUAUGAAGCCCCAACUCCCAUUUACACAACCCUUGCCCCAGUUUAUGAAACCACAACCCCAGUCUACCAAGCCCCUGCCCCAGUCUAUGAAGCCCCUGCCCUAGUUUACGAUGUCCCUGCCCUAGUUUACGAAGCCCCAGCCCCAGUCUACCAACCCCCUGCUCCAGUCUAUCAACCCCCUGCCCCGGUGUACAACGCACCUGCAUUGGUGUACGAACCUCCCGUGUACAAAAUUUCCGUCCCAGUAACUGAGGCACCUGCCCCUGUAUACGAAAAGCGAGUCCUGAUUUCUAGACCAGGAAUCAGUCAUCGCUAUUAGAUCUGCUGCCCAUUUUAAAAGACGUUUCUGUUUUAAAAACUGGUUUGUUGAUCAUGUCCAUUAUUCAAUUUACAGUUCUUUGUCCACCUUUCCUCGUUCGUAAUUGCCAAAGCCAUACACACAAGUCUGCCCGCAUUCCCUGAACACCGAAUGUAAUCUUGGUCCAUAAAGAAUUCUAUGUGAGUGCGAAUUUACGGUGAAGGACAAAUACAUAUUUAUAUUUAAAAACCA